CUGCGGGGCGCGUGAAGCCGGGCAGGGUGUGAGCGGCCCAGAGGACACAGUGCUGUGGUUUGACCCCUCCCAGCCCUCCUGCAGCCCCCUGUUCCUUGGGGACUGUGCAGGCAGAAGAGCACCAUGUUCCUGGUGGGGCUCUCGGGGGGAAUCGCGUCGGGGAAGAGCACGGUGGUGGCCGUGCUGCGGGAGCUGGGCUGCGCCGUCAUCGACGCCGACCUCAUCGCCAGGCAGGUGGUGCAGCCCCACUCCAAGGCCCACCAGCAGAUCCUGAGGCACUUUGGCACCGAGAUCCUCCUGGAGAACGGCGAGAUAAACCGCGAGGCCCUCGGAGACAUCAUCUUCUCCCAGCCGGAGAAACGGCGGCUGCUGAACUCCAUCACCCACCCCGAGAUCCUGAAGGAGAUGCUGAAGCAGAUCUUGAAGUACUUUGUGCUCGGAUACCGCUACGUGAUCCUGGACAUCCCUCUGCUCUUCGAGACCCACGGGUUGACCAAGUUUAUGAGAUACACGGUCUUGGUUUAUUGUGACCCCCCGGCGCAGCGCGCGCGGCUGAUGAGGCGGAACGGGCUGGACGCGGCCGCGGCCGACGCCCGGAUCGGCUCCCAGAUCCCACUGGAGGAGAAGCUCCAGUGGGCGACUCACGUCAUCGACAACUCCGGGGACCGGGAGAGCACCCGCCGGCAGGUGCUGCGGCUCCACGCCCGCCUCGAGGAUUCCCUGGAUUUCCUCUGGGCCCGGCUGGCGGCGGGCGCGGCUGUCGCCGGGCUGGGGGGGCUGCUGUUCCUCCUGCUCCGGCAUCUCAUCUCCUAACUCACCUUUUCUCUCAGUCAGGGAAAGGGGCCUGAAUUCCCUGGUUUGAAAAGGGCACUGAAAGGCCACCUCUGUUAAUGAGCUUUGCGGGCUGAAUGCAGACAGCAGCAAGAGGUGUCUCCUUGCACACUUCCCAAGGUGAAUGUAGCCAGGGGGGAUUUUUUCCGGCACCUUCUCCCUGCUCAGGUGCUCACCCACCAGAUGUGCCUGUGGGGUGAGGCUCUUGUUGUCCCCCCUGUGGGUCUCUAUGGUGGGACUUGGGUGAGCUGAGGCACUUUAAUCUGGGACGAUCUCAUUCUAAUCCGGGGCAAUCUCAUUCUAAUCCAGGACAAUCUCACUUUAAUACGGGACAAUCUCACUUUAAUGUCUUCCAGGACAAUCUCUUCCCUGGGAAGAGGUGGCCUCUUGGGUCCUGUCCCUGCCAGCAGUGUCCCUGGGGUGAUCCCCUGUAGCUCAGCCCUCCUAAUCCCAGUUUAGACCUGGGAUUUCCCCUCUUUCACGUCGAUUUAAUGGAACUGUGUUAAAUCUGCCCGGGGGGACGGGCAGCACCUCGUUCACGUGGGUCGGGUGUUCAGGUGGCCGCUCUCCUCCCUCCCGCCCUCUGAUUCUGUGGCCAUCGCCCGUGGGUCGCCCUUGGCUGUGGAUCCGAGGGUCUGAUACACCCUAGAGCGAGCAGAGACCCGGGCUCUGCCUCCUUCGCACUCAUUUCUGUUUGAGCUUCUUUCGGCGGCUUUCCCGGCGGGAGAGCCGAGCCUGGGCGAGGCGGGUGCUGGCUCUUCACUUUUGUUUUAAUAAAACACUGAACAGCAGCUGCUCCCGCGGCUGCUCCCGCAGCUCUUCCCGGCCCAUUCCCAGGUCGUUCCUAUGCCGGGGCACGGCUGCGCUCUGUAAAGUUCAGCACACGCAGGCGGAGCUGGCGGGCGCUCGUUCUCUUCCCGGUAAACAUCCCUGAGCUGCUCCAGGAGCUGCUCGGAGCGUCAGCCCUGCCCUGAGCUUCCUUGGUGGGGGGGUGGGCUGUGGAUCCGUGUCGGCU